AUGGGUUCCGUUGGUACAGAUUCGAUCCCAACCGUGGACAUCAGCGCCUUCAUCUCCCCAACAGCCACAGAGCAGGAAAAGCAGCGUGUCGUUGACCAGGUCCGCCAUGCUGCUACUACAUACGGUUUCAUGCACGCCGUUGGUCAUGGUGUCUCGGUAGAGGAACAGAAAGAGAUGCUUAACUGCACCAAGAAAUUCUUCGACCUUCCCAUGGACCAGCGUAUGGAAGUCCACGUCGGCAAAUCCAUGGGCAAGUCCCUGCGUGGCUACGAGCCGUCGCUGAUUCAGGUACACCACAAAGGCCUGCUUCCAGAUACUAAAGAGACGUUCAUGGUUGGCGCUGAGAUUCCGCCUGAUCACCCGGAUGCUGGCACCUUUUCGACUGGUCCCAAUCUGUGGCCAGCAGGACUCGACGAGAACGACUUCCGUAAGCCCGUGAUGGAGUACCAAGCCAAGAUGGUGAACCUUGCCAAGGUGUUCCUCAAGAUUCUUGGUCGCGGUCUCCCCAAAGAAUGGGGUCACAAGGAGGACGUCCUUGAGCAACUGGCGGAGAAUCCGUCCAUUCCUAUGCGCAUGCUGCACUAUGCUCCGCAGCCUGUCCGUCAGGACAACCAAUUUGGUGUGGCCGACCAUACCGACUUUGGCUGCUUGACGCUGCUCCUCCAAGAGACCGGCAGCAAGGGCCUCGAAGUCUGGUACCCGCCAACGGAGAAAUGGAUUUCUGUGCCUCCCAUGGAAGGCGCCUACGUCGUCAACAUGAGUGACAUGAUGCAGAAGUGGACGGGCGGAUACUACCGAAGUGCCCGCCACCGAGUCAUUACCACCUCGAACCAGCACCGCUAUAGCGUGGCCUUUUUCCUGAAUGGAAACCUCAAGCUCAAGGCCAAGGCGCUCGAUGGAUCUGGUGAAGAGGUGAUUAUUGGCGAGCAUAUUCGUGGUAGACUGAUUGAGACUUUGGGUAAGACUGGCGAGAUGCUUAAGUAA